AUGGUAGGGUUUACUUAGGCUGGUGGAAAAGGAAAAGGAGGCAAAGGAGGCAAGGCGGCUGCAGGAAAGCAUAAAAGAGUGCCUACAUCAAGAUCUAUCAAGGCAGGGCUUCAAUUUCCAGUUGGAAGAAUUCAUAGACUGUUAAAAACAAGAAUGCUGGCUUCUCAUAGAGUUGGUGCAACUGCUGCUGUUUAUACAGGAGCAGUUUUAGAAUAUUUAACUGCUGAAGUGCUCGAAUUAGCUGGAAAUGCAAGCAAGGACAUGAAAGUUAAAAGAAUCAGUCCUAGGCAUAUACAGCUUGCUAUUAGAGGAGAUGAAGAGCUAGACACUUUGAUCAAAGCAACUAUUUCGGGUGGUGGAGUUAUCCCACAUAUUCAUAAGAAUUUGUUGAUCGUACCUAAAGAAAAGACAGUAGAAGUUUAA